UUGUCAUUGAAUUUAUUAAAGUUUCUUUUCGUCUUUAUCCAUCAAUAUUCAUCAAAAAAACAAGAAAAUGCAGAUGACCCCUUCUAUUUCUGCUGAGAGUGAAGUUAUUUUAUCAUGUUACAUAAUUCUCAGGGGGGGAGGGGUCAGCAAGCCCAGAUGUGAGAAAGAAGUAGUGUAAUCUGUUAUACUACUGCUGGACACAGGCGGAGAGAGGUUCUGGGCGUUGUUACUGGGAGCGUGUUGGGAAUCUCGUACUGGAAGUGAUGAAAAGUCAAAAGUCAUACACCGAGCAGCUGAAGGAUGUCAAGGAGGUGUUCCAGCGAUUCACACUGAAACCAGUAGAGGGGGUCCCGCUAAUGAAGCCCAUUGCUGAUAACUGGGAAAAGGUGGCGAGCUUCCGAGCCCACCCUAAUGACCUCCUGAUUGCAACCUACCCCAAAGCAGGCACCACCUGGAUCCAAGAGAUGGUGGAUCUCAUUCUAAACAACGGAGAUGCAGAAAAAUGCCAACGUGCCCCGAUUCCUGAGAGAAUACCAUUCCUGGAGAUCUUCUCAUCUCCCACCAUCCCCUCGGGAGUGGAGUUGCUUGAGCAGACACCUUCUCCGCGGGUUAUAAAGACACACCUCCCCCUCCAGCUUGUACCACAGUCCUUCUGGGAGCAGCGUUGCAAGGUGAUUUAUGUAGCUCGCAAUGCAAAGGACAACCUUGUCUCCUAUUUCCACUUCGACAGAAUGAACCAGACCCAGCCUGAGCCCGGGCCCUGGAGUGGAUACAUCACCAAAUUCAUGAAGGGAGAAUUGUCGUGGGGUUCCUGGUAUGAUCAUGUGAAGGGAUACUGGCAGGAGAGAGAGAAGAGAGGGAUACUCUACCUCUUCUAUGAAGAAAUGAAGCAGAAUCCUCGACAGGAAAUUGUACGGGUUAUGAACUACCUGGGCCAGUCCCUUCCUGAUGACAUCAUCGAGAAGAUAGUUGAGCUCACGUCCUUUAAAUCGAUGAAGAGCAAUCCAAUGGCAAACUACACCUUCUUCCCUGACUUUAUCUUUGACCAUAAAGUGUCUCCGUUCAUGAGGAAAGGGGAGGUUGGAGACUGGAAGAAUCAUUUCUCUGAAGAGGAGAGUGCGAUUUUCGACGCUCACUAUGCAGAACAAAUGAAAGGAUCGGAUAUCCCAUUCAAAACUGUUAUCUGAGGGAGCAUCUGCAAACUACAACACUCCACCAGCACUGAGGGAGCAUCUGCAAACUACAGCCCUACACUGCACACUGAAGUCUAUCGAUGGAGUCACCUUACACACAACAUAGUAAACUAUCAUCGAAUGAUUACAAAUCACACAAAAGAAGAUUCUCAGGAAUAGCUUUAAAAUGGCAAAUCUCUAUACAAAGCUAUUCUCCAGUAAAUAUUGAUUUAAACACCCUUUCUAUCUAUACAAAGGGUUUCUCCAAUAAAUAUUGAUUUAAACGCCCUUUCUAUUGCCUGCGUUAUUAUAGUUGUUAUAUAAGCAGUUGACUAGCCCCUGCACUUUAUAGAGCUGUACUACAAGAAGCUGCUUGAUGACUUUCUGGGAUCAAUAAACUACUAACAACAAAAUGAA